UGUCAUUUUUUAAUUGGUGGAAGCUGUCAUUGUAAUUCAUUGCAAAGUUUGAGUUACUACUCUUCGUUAAACCUAGCAACCGCCAUUGCAAUUCAAGCACGCCACUUGUUCCAUUGUGAUCUUCCAUUUCUUCUUCGCCAUCCUUUUUCUUUCUACUGGGAUUCCACAGGUAGUGUCAUCAUCACAUAGAAAAACAGCAUGAAUUUUGCAUCAUCGUUGUGCAGAAGAUUGAAUAUCAAGGAACUCGUGACAAAUGUUCCUGUGUACAGAAGCACUGCCGAUGUUUCUGGAGACGGGUUGAGUUUAAUGUUCUGCCGUUGGGCUACCAAAAAGACAGCCGGGUCCACAAAAAAUGGACGCGACUCAAAACCUAAGAACCUUGGAGUGAAGAAAUAUGGUGGAGAGAGGGUAAUUCCCGGAAACAUCAUUGUUAGACAGCGUGGUACUCGUUUUCAUCCAGGAAACUAUGUUGGACUGGGGAAAGAUCACACUCUUUUUGCUUUGAAAGAGGGAACGGUAAAGUUUGAACGCAACAAACUGACCGGUCGCAAGUGGGUGCAUGUUGAGCCUAAGGAUGGUCAUGUCCUCCACCCUGUGUAUGCUGAUGCUUCUUCAUCCGAACCACAACUUGCUGUCUAAGCCUGACCAAUUUCAUUCACAAUCAAAUUUUUUGGAUUAUGUGAACUCUUAAAUAUUUCAUCUCAUGUUGUUUGCACAUGGUUUUUUUCUGAAAUUUUGAAAGAUUGAUUUCAGAUUGAAAUAAUAGUAGAUGGAUGCUUCA